AAACAGACUCCCUAAAAUGGCGCACACAGCUCGGACUCGUUUCCCAGCUCGGCCCUGGAAAAAAUCAGGACGCUCGCGUAUCCUGGGCUUGAAAAAGGAUUUUAAACACGGAUUCGACGCUGCACUGCCAGUCUCUGCAGCUAUCGGCAAAAACCUUCACAAGUUCCAUGACCUCUUCGGAGAAAGCAGCAGCAGUGAGGAUGAACAGUUUUUGGGUUUCUGCUCAGAUGACAACAGUAUACGAAGCCCUGCAAGGUGUCACUUCAGAUCCCUGCGAGGUGAGUCUCCUCAAAGGAAGCUUCGGGGAAGACAACGGACAUUUUCUUCUCAAAGCUCGGAUGUGUUAUCAGAUUCGUCCUCUGCAUUGUCACCUCCAAACAAGCUUGAGUUGAAGCCUGUUGAAAAAGAAAAGAAGCAAGAAUUAAACACCAGCGAGAGGAAGAGGGGUCGGCCUCCAGUGUUAAGCAAUCCAAAGCUUCAUAUCACACAAGACAAGAAAGAAACAACAAACGGGAAAACAGAGAAACAAAAAAAUGAAAAAGAGAAGAAAGUGAAGAAGAAACCUGCAUUAUUGCAGCAGGUGACAAAAAUAAAGAAACUAAGAGUAGUCAAACUGUCCCCUUUGCAGUCCAAAUUAAAGAAAGCUAAACUACAGAUUAAUAGCAAUGUGGGGAAGAUUGAACGGAAGAGAGGGAGACCACCAUCUUCAGAGCGAUUGAAGACUGUUCCAAAACUCCUUGUUCCAGCACAAACCAAGAAACAAAAGAGACUACGGAAGGAGAAAGAUGGAACACCAACACAGAAGUCAUCUGUGACAAAGGAGAUGAAGUCUGCUGUCAGACAGAGACCCCGCAGGAUCACCAAACCAGUGAGAGUUGUUCCUGUCACAAAAAGGACUGAUGCAGCUAUCGCAAAACAACUCUUGCAGAGAGCCAAAAAAGGAGCUCAGAAACGCAUGGCUUCUCCUCAGCUGAAAAAUAUUCGUCAGUUUAUCAUGCCAGUCAUCAGUGCCAUUUCUUCAAGGAUAAUUAAGACUCCAAAAAGAUUUAUUGAAGAUGACAGCUAUGUACCUCCUGUCAAAGCUCCGCGCCUAGAGUCAACUCCAACUAGUCGGUUCAGCUCAGUAUCUUGUGGGUCUAGUGAGAAGUCUAGUGCUGUUUCACAGCAUUCUUCUCAAAUGUCUUCUGAUUCUUCAAGAUCAAGUAGCCCCAGUGUUACCUCUACUGAUUCACAGAUAUCUGAUGAAUUGCAGACUCUUCCUGAAGUAACAUCUCAGUCAACUGACUUGCACAGUUGCUUAAAUGCCUCACAGUCCAGUGAACCAGGAGGUAUAGAUAAAAAGGGUCACCGAUUUUCAAUGCCAGAAAGAAGCAAUACUACAAGCAAGAAAUUGCCAACUUCUUCACCACAGCCAACAUCUUCAUCUCCUCCACCACCUCUGCUUUCUCCUCCUCCCCCCCUGCAGCAAACUUCAAACAUAUCUGAUCAUUCUCCCUGGCUGAUGCCUCCAACCAUACCAUUCAUUUCACCACCAACAGGCCUGCCAGAAAAACGGAAGUCUAUAUUAAGAGAGCCAACGUUCAAGUGGACAUCUCUCAAAAACCUGAGGCCAGAAUCGCAUCAGUACUUCUCCUCAGCAAAGUAUGCCAAAGAAGGACUUAUCCGCAAGCCAAUAUUCGAUAACUUCAUAACAUCACCCCUAACUCCUGAAGAUGUUGGUUUGUCAUCCAGGUUUCAUUCAUCUUCCAGUACAACACCACCUCGAUUUUUCUCUUCGCUUCAUCCUGCCUCUAGGUUUGAUACUCAUAAGAGAAGUCCUCUGCUCCGUGCUCCACGAUUCACUCCAAGUGAAGCCCACUCCAGGAUUUUUGAGUCUGUUACUGUAUCACCACGCAAUCUGGUUCGAUCUUCAGUCUCUGCCUCGGGUAAAGGGCAUUCUUCCAAAAGGAAGAACAAAGAGUUGCAUAUUUCAAGCCGUAUUGAUCCAAAAUCUCCAUCACACUCCAUGAGAACCAGAAGUGGACGACUGAUUUCUGCAGAUCUAUCACCAAUCACUCCACAGACUCCUGUAACAUCCUCAUCUCCUGUAAGCUCCAUACUAACUGGUGCCUUAACUCCCCCUCUUGGUGGUUUGGUGCAAUCCGAAGGAGUAGCAAAGGAUAAAGAUGGUAGAGCAAAACUGGCAUCUCGACAGACCAGCACACCAGGGGACAGCUUCUCUGCAGAUUCGGCCAGUCCAACAUCUCCAUUGUUUCCAUCACUAGCACCCAGUGCUCAAAAAGACAAAGGCAAAAGCAAGGACAAGCAAACUGAAGAAAUGCUCAAAGAGAGAGAUUCUGAGAAAGGGUCAGAGAAAGACAGAGAACGAGAUAAAGAAAAGGAAAAUAAACGAGAAACGAGGAAGGAAAAAGAAAAGAAGUUGCAGAGUAAGGGGACCGAGCCUCAGAGUCCUGCACCAUUGUUCCUUUUCCCAGUCACAGUGGAUGAAGACCGAACUGUUGCAGAGGAUGUGGCUGCUUCAUCUUCAAUGAAAAAAGUUUCUGGGAGAGCCAAAAGGUCGAGUUCAACUGAUAAAGGUGCAGGGGGUUUGGGGGAUGGUCCUUCCUCAACACUCUCUGAUGGGAAGAAUAAAAGUUCAAAGAAAGGCAGACUGGGAACCGAAGAGUUGGUGCCUGUAACUGGUGGGGCAGAAAGCAGUACAGCUGCAUCCAUAGGCAAUAAAGACAAGCCUCCUCGACAUUCUUCUAUAACAUCCAUGCUCUCAUCUGGCACUCUUAAGCAUUCUGCACCCGCUAUUAGUAGCAUGCUAGCACAAGCAGACAAAAUGCCAACAACUGAUAAGCGAGUGGCAAACCUUUUGAGAAAGGCUAAAGCACAGCUUUGCAAGAUUGAAAAGAACAAGUCAUUAAAAAUUGCUAACCCAACAAAAUCACAGGGUCAAGAAAGUGAUUCUUCAGAAACAUCAAUACCAGGCCCUCGUAUAAAGCAUGUUUGCAGACGGGCUGCUGUCGCACUUGGUCGGAAAAGGGCAGUGUUCCCUGAUGACAUGCCUACCCUUAGUGCCUUGCCAUGGGAGGAGCGAGAAAAGAUACUAUCUUCAAUGGGAAAUGAUGAUAAAUCAUCAGUAGCUGGGUCAGAGGACGCCGAACCACCCACACCAGUGAUUAAGCCAGUCGCCAAGCACAAAGUCCCACAGGAGCCUAUUGUUCGAAAAGGGAGGAGGUCACGGAGGUGUGGGCAGUGUCCGGGCUGCCAAGUUCCCGAUGACUGUGGCCAGUGUACAAAUUGCUUGGAUAAGCCCAAGUUUGGUGGUCGAAAUGUGAAAAAGCAAUGCUGCAAAAUGCGGAAAUGUCAAAAUCUUCAAUGGAUGCCUUCUAAAGUACCUCCUCCAAAACCAGUUAAAGUGAAGAAAAAGGAAAAGAAAACAAAAAUACAAGAGAGAAAGGAGGUUCCAUCAGAAAAACAGCAGAUCGACACCAGCCAUAAAAACUCUCCACAGAGUGUUUCACAAGAGCACUUACAAAAAGUAAACCAGAUUCCUCAUCAACACGGUGACCAGCAGACUGAGGAAGGCAGCUGCUCUCCAUCUUCUGAAGCUCAGCCACAGGCUAUAAUGGUUUCACCUCUGCGGAAAACCAGCAAACAACUUCCUCAGCCACUUGAACCCAGUAUGCCUCUGCAGCCAGGUCACGUGCAAUUAAAGAAAGAAUCAAUCAAGCCUGUGCUGAAUGACCCAAAGAAAAAACAGCCACUGCAAACCGAAUCAGCACUAGAGCUGAUCAAGCAGAAGAAACCCCCUGCUCGUUUCAAUAUUCAGUUAAAAACUAAAAAGCCGAAAGAAAAGGAUAAAGUGAUUCCUGUCAGUAAGUUUGAACCCAGUACUCUGAAUCUGCUCACCACGUUCACAAAUGUCAGUUGUGGAAAACAGAAGCCAUUGGCAGAUGGAGUCCACAGGAUCAGAGUGGAUUUCAAGGAGGACUGUGAUGUGGAAAAUGUGUGGGAAAUGGGUGGACUUAGCAUCCUGACUUCUGUACCCAUCACUCCCAGGGUGGUGUGCUUCCUCUGCGCCAGCAGUGGACAUGUUGAGUUUAUUUACUGUCAGGUAUGCUGCGAACCCUUCCACCUUUUCUGCCUGGAGGAAAGUGAGCGUCCCCUGGAAGAGCAGUGGGAGAACUGGUGUUGCCGGCGCUGCAAGUUCUGCCACGUUUGUUGCCGACAAAAUAAAUCCUCAAAGCAGCUUCUUGAGUGCUGCAAGUGCCGAAACAGCUAUCAUCCAGAGUGCCUGGGACCAAACUACCCAACAAAACCAACUAAGAAAAAGAAAGUCUGGAUAUGCACCAAAUGUGUACGAUGUAAGAGUUGUGGAGCUACAACGCCAGGGAAAGGCUGGGAUGCACAGUGGUCACAUGAUUUUUCUUUAUGUCACGAAUGUGCAAAGCUUUUUGAUAAAGGAAACUUCUGCCCGCUGUGCGAUAAGUGCUACGAUGACGAUGAUUAUGAAAGCAAGAUGAUGCAGUGUGGAAAGUGUGAUCGUUGGGUUCAUGCAAAGUGUGAAAGCUUGUCAGAUGAGAUGUAUGAAAUCUUGUCAAAUCUUCCAGAAAGUGUGGCAUACACAUGCAUAAAUUGCACGGAGCAGCACCCUGCAGAAUGGCGGCUGGCACUAGGCAAGGAACUACAGAUCUCUUUAAAGCAAGUCUUGACUGCAUUGCUAAACUCUAGAACGACCAGUCACUUAUUACGAUACAGACAGGCAGCCAAACCACCUGAUUUAAAUCCAGAGACCGAAGAAGCUGUCUCUGCUAGAAGCUCACCUGAAGGUCCUGAUCCUCCAGUCCUUACAGAAGUAAACCAGCAGGAUGAGCAACCUCUUGACCUGGAAGGUGUAAAGAAGAAAAUGGAGCAGGAGAGAUACCAUUCAGUGCUGGAGUUCAGUGAUGACAUUGUGAAGAUCAUCCAAACAGCAAUGAACUGCGAUGGAGGGCAGCCUGAAAACAAAAAAGCCAAUAGCAUGGUCAAGGCUUUCUUUAUCCGGCAAAUGGAACGAUUCUUCCCAUGGUUUAGUGUGAAGGAGUCCAAGUUCUGGGAGCCUAAUAAGGUGACCCCAAAUAGUGGAAUGCUUCCCAAUGCUGUGUUGCCACCAUCAUCUGAUCACAACUAUGCUCAGUGGCAAGAGCGGGAUGACAGCACACGUACUGAACAGCCAGCACUUACUAAGAAGAUUAUACCUGCACCACAGCCAAAAGGACCAGGAGAUCCAGAUUCGCCAGUGCCUCUGCCUCCACCACCACUUGCAAUAACAGCUGGCUCAGACAGAAGUCGAGAAGAGAGCCCAGAUAUUGACCCUCCUCCAGAUGUUGAAGACAACAGGCAGUGUGUACUUUGCCUGAAAUACGGAGAUGACAACAAAAAUGAUGCUGGACGUCUUCUGUACAUCGGUCAGAAUGAAUGGACACACAUAAACUGUGCCUUGUGGUCAGCGGAAGUCUUUGAGGAUGAUGAUGGCUCAUUGAAGAAUGUCCACAUGGCUGUUAUCAGAGGCAAACAACUGCGCUGUGAGCGUUGCCAGAAAGCUGGGGCUACUGUUGGCUGCUGCCUUACGUCUUGCCAGAGCAACUAUCACUUCAUGUGUGCUCGAGCAAAAAACUGUGUGUUCCUGGAUGACAAAAAAGUAUACUGUCAGCGGCAUAAAGAUCUGGUCAAGGGAGAGACUGUUGCUGAGGAUGGAUUUGAGGUUUUAAGAAGGAUUUUUGUUGACUUUGAGGACAUCACUUUAAGAAGGAAGUUUCUGACUGGCCUGGAGCCAGAGAGUAUCCACAUGAUGAUUGGUUCUAUGACAAUAGAUUCUUUGGGGAUACUCAAUGAUCUUUCUGACUGUGAAGCAAAGCUUUUUCCCAUUGGCUAUCAGUGUUCAAGGGUGUACUGGAGCACGACUGAUGCUAGGAAGCGAUGUGUGUACACAUGCAAGAUCCUGGAACAUAGACCUCCUCCUGUGGAAGCAGAAGAAAACAGCACCUUAGAGCACAGUGAAAACAGAACCGUGGCACAUAGUCCAAGCAGCCCAGCAGAAAUAGACACAACAGAGAAUCAAAACACAGGUUCAUCCGAAAUGCCAGAUCGCCAUCCAACCUCUCAUGGACCUGGGCCAAUACCUCCUAGAUCGCAGUCAGGAAAUAGAACUCAGAUAUCUAGUUUCUCCCCGUCUCGCCGAUCCACAAACACGGGAUCAAGGCCCCUUCCAUCACCAGGGAGCCCCACACCAAUGAUUCAUGAGAAAGUUACAUUUGCCGAUGCCCUACUGUCAUCAGGGAGACGGAGCACCAUUUCUAGGAGACAUAGUACAACUUCAGUAUCACCCCAACAUUCCAGGCACAGGAUGGCUUCUCCUUCCCAAAUGGGCAUAACAUACGUAAGAUCAAGUGGUAACAUCAAUACAUCACCGUUGACCUCUCUCAGUGUAUCGUCAGAUACAGACACAGGAAGCCAACCUGGUGAAACUUUUCGUAAAGCACUUCAGGCAGACAAACUUGGCAUUUCGCUUCAAGCGUAUACUGGUCCUUCCAGCCGGCAACGCAUCAGUAGUGCUGAUUCUGUCCCUGUACACCAUACAGGAGGUUCUCACACAUUAGGUUUACAGCCGAACAGGACAGAGCCAACAUGUGUUGGGCAUCACAGUUCAAAAGAGCGUUCUCUAACUUUAUCUGGUAACCAUUCUCGAAGUGAGACCAAUCCACCUGCAAGUACGCUGGAUGGUUCAGUGACAACGUCAGUGUUACCACUGACGUCUACCUCAGUUCCCACAGUACCAGCAUCACGUACAUCACAGAAAGAAGCACGUAACAACAGUGCGUUGCUUACAAAUUCUAAUUCGGUGACACCACUCCCCAAAGAAACAAAAACCUGCACGUUAUCUUUCCAACAAAAGGAUUCUAGAAGACCAAAUGAGCAAUACAAGGACACUGUGCAUGCAGGAAAAUCGAGCAAGGAACACACUCACAGUCAAGGCACUGAGAGAAUGAGGUUACAGUCUGCUGGAGCUAGCCAUACUGUGACUGCAGGAAAUGAAUACCCUCGGUCAAACUGUACAGAGAAGAGACCAGUCACUAAAGUGUCCUCAGCUGAUUUUCCCAGAAACAGCAGAGUACAGACAGGAAAGCAUUUUGAGGGAAGCCCAUGUUCCGAUUCUGUUGCAGAUCUAAAGGUUAAUCAAAAAGCAUCCAGCAAUUCACUACUUGAACUGGCUGAGAACACUCAAACUAUAGAAGAACCUGAACAGAUAUUUAGUGACAAAUCUGCUGGCACUGAACAUUAUCUCCCUGCAAGUAUUGGUGAAGGGGUCCAACCCCCAUCUGACAAGAUCCAGGCUGAUAUUCGCAAAAAAGAAAUGCAUACUUCACAAAAGCAAGAAAUUCAUGGAUAUUUAGAAUCUGAUUACCUUGUUGAUGAGGAUCAUGACGAGAGUGUGGUCACAUCCAUGUCGGCCAGUUCUCAGGAAGUUGAUGAGCCGUUGUCCUCAGUUGUGCCACCUUCAAUGACAGAAAGUCCAGAAAAUGAGCGGGAAAACCUGAGGUGUCCAAAGUGCAACAAGGUCUACAAACAAAGGGUGAAGAAUCUGUUUCAAAAGCACGUGCUGCAAUGUGGAAAUCAGACUACACAGGAGGAUGGUGAUGGGAACAAAACUCAGGACAAUGAUUCAAACAAAAGGAGGUAUCCCCGCCGCAGUGCCCGUGCACGCUCAACUACUUUUUUUGGGUUGACUCCCUUUUAUGGGGUAAAAUCAUACGGUGAAGAAGAUUUUCCAUUCUAUCGAGAUCCCUCUGGGAAAAAACGAGGAGAGCAGUCAACUCAAGGACAGGUAGAUGGAGCUGAUGAUCCAAGUACAUCAUCUGAUGAAGAUAUGGAAUACUACUACAAUUUCACGAGAACAGUUAUCACAUCUGAUAGAGAGGGAAGGCUUGAGCCAUGCAGCUUCUUUGACGGUGAGGAAGAUUGCCGCAUACCCAGGAUAAGUCAACUUGAUGGUGUUGAUGAUGGCACAGAAAGUGAUGUUAGUGUAACCACAACGACAGGGAAAACAACGCAGGUGAACAAAAUAAAAUCCAAAGAAAAUGGAACUGAAAGCCUAGACCUUGAUGAAGCAAUUAACAGUGGUGCUGUUGAUGGAGAAAAGGAGAACCAUGGUAUUAAAACAGUUUCUGACCUAAAAGGUAAUGAUUCAAAGUUAGAUAACUGCCUUCCAGUGAGUAGAGUGAAGUCUCAGGGCCAAGACUCCUUGGGGGAGGUUUCUCUCACCUCACUAGACACUCCAAGACGAGGCCACUCCAGCACGCCUUCUGAAAAGAAUUUGCUAGAUAGUUUCAACACAGACUUGUUGAAGGCUGCCAAUGAUUCAGACAAUAAUAACAGUGAUGACUGUGGCAAUAUUCUCCCAUCUGACAUCAUGGACUUUGUUCUUAAGAAUACACAGUCCAUGCAGGCACUAGGGGAAAGCCCAGAAUCGUCAUCUUCUGAACUUAUAACACUGGGUGAGGGCUUAGGUCUGGUUAGUAACAGAGGAAAGGAUAUGGGCAGUCUGUUUGAAGUGUUUUCCCAGCCGUUGCCUAGCACGGAACCUGUGGAAAGUGUCGUCUCGGCCUCCAUUCCCGCUGAGGAGCAGUUUGAACUGCCGCUUGAGUUGCCGUCUGACCUUUCUGUUUUAACAACGUGCAGCCCAACUGUUUCUAACCAAAGCCACAGCAGCCUUACUGUUAUCUCAACGUCCCAGCUAACCCCAUCAGAAGAUCAAUCGGUACUAAAUUUACCUGCCGCUGAGACUGUGGAAAAGGGGGUGACAGUGACUGGGGAGAAAUCAGUGGCAGUGAAUGAACCUGAAGUUUCCUUGAUGGGACAUCAAGUGGUGGAGCCAUCUGGAGAAAGUCACAUGGCAUCAGAUCAGUUCAUGCAAAGCCACAUAGACACCGACCAGCUAACUUCGCCAACCUGCACUCAGGUGGAACAAGGACUUAACAACCAGGAUCUGACGGGGGUUGGCGCGAGUUCACCAAUUGUCCUUCCAGUAUCUGUUUCACCUUCAGUGCUACCUCAAGGUCAGAAAUAUGUCACAAGUCCAGAUAGUCCUGGACCUGCUCCCAUUGCAAGUUCUACAGCAGAGACUACAGCACUCCCUAAACCAGGACCAGAAAACCUCAUUGUUUUCAAUCAACAUGGACAACUGUAUGUUCUCCAGACACUUGCCAAUGGAGUUGCACAAAAGAUAAAUCUAGCACCUUCAGUAGGAACUGCACAAGCAGUUAUAGAGGCAAACAAUACAGUUCUUGGGCAAAAUGUUUCAAUGGGAUGCAGCCCAGCUUUGGCAACUGGUUUAAAUGUUAGCUUGCCAGCUUCACAGUCGAUAUACACUUCUGCUACCAUGACCAACAGCAGUGGGUUGAUGACUUUAUCACAACACCCUCAGUUACAUUCCUUUGCGGGACCCACUGCAUCAGCAUUUCAGCCCAACAGCGCCAACUCUGCCUCUGGCCUCCUCAUUGGGGUCCAGCCAUCUCAGGAUCCUCAGCUCUUAAGUUCUGAGCCCAGUCAGAGGCCAGAGCUUGUCACUGCCAUGACCUCUAGUCCAGGAUCCACUCAAGCUAAGAAAAGGCCAAUAAACCGGCUGCCUUCUAAAAAGGGCAAGAAACUAGCACCUUCGUACCAGCAAACUUCAAGCUCUUCUUCAGAAAUUGUACCGAAUAUGACUUCAAUUAACUUCCCAUCAUCACAGGUCCCUGGAGGGAUUGCUAACCAGUCAGGAUUAGUGGAUUUAGGAGCACUUGCAAACACAGGACCCCAGCGAACAAUUCCAAACAUAAUCAAACGUCCAAAAUCUGCUGUGAUGUAUUUUGAACAGGCAUCUUUAGCUGUGCCUCAGCUUCAACAAACGCUGGGGGCAGUCGGUUCCACAAACAUCAUUGGUCCAGAAAAUACUCAUUUGGCAGCCGGAAAUGUAUCAGGAUUGGGAUCAGGCCAGUCUGUUUUGAAUGUUGUAUCUAUGCAUGCAGCAACAACAGCAACCAGUGCUGGUGCUGUAACUGGGCAUAUUCUGGGUCAAAGUUCAGUCACCUUAGCUACUCCCAUGUUGCUAGGAACAACAGAUAUCACUGGCUCAAUAAGCAAUCUGUUAAUCAAAGCUAGUCAACAGAGUUUAGGAAUUUCAGAUCAAGCAGUAUCAUUGCCCGGAGCAGGAAUGUUUCAACAUCUAGGGCCAUCACAAAGCCCUAACAGUGGACCCCUAUCUCCAGCACAGAGUAUAUGCUUGCUGCCUUCCACCCCAGCAGUCUCUGUACCAGUUGCACCAAGUCCAUCUGACCAGGAAGGGACCUAUCAGCUACACCAUCAGAGAACUCAGCUGUUGCCAAGUAAAUGUGUAGCAACAACUGCCCAGUUAGAUGCUGUUUGCAUUUCAGGUGGCCAGAUAUCAACUACCACAUUGUGCGUGUCGUCUAGUGUCAUGAGCAACACAGUUGUAUUUUCAAACACCAGCAUGGCUUCACCAGCUCCUGUAACUACUGUGUUUUCCUCUACCACGGACCAGUCUCCUGUCAGUAGUGUGCCUGUAGUAUCUCCAGGCUCUCCAAGAACUAAGCCCAGGGUAAAACGGACAUCAUCCUCUUCUGACAAAACGAGCAAUAAAAAGCACAAGGUGGUACAUGUCAUGACUGAAUCCUGUGGAGGUCAUCAAGAUGUUCUGGAGUCUGAUUCAGCUAACGUGCCCCUAUCCUCUAGUGCAGGUUCUGUUCGUGUAAGAAUAAAGGCAACAGUGCAAGAUGCUAUGGAACUUGAUGAGCAACAGCAUGAAGAUUGCCACCAGGAUUCUGAUUCGCCAAGUCAAAUGGAACAUGUGCCAGUACUGCAGCCCCUAGAACCAGUGAACACAGCAACCUCAAAUACAGAAGGACAAGAUGACUUUGUCACUGAAUCUAAAAGUUCAGAUGAUGAUGACACCUUCACUUCUCCACUACUUGCUCUGCUUGAGCAAGAGGAAAAGAGAAGAGAGAUCAGGAGCGAGAAGAAAUCGAAAAAAGGCCUGCUGUUUCAAAUCACAAGCGAUGAUGGGUUUCAGAUCCAGUGUGAUAACAUUGAAGAGGGGUGGAAGGUGUUAACAGACAAAGUACAGGAAGCUCGAACCAAUGCCCGUUUGAAGCACAUAUCAUUUUCUGGGAUAAAUGGCCUGAAAAUGCUGGGCAUUUCCCACGAUGCAGUGGUGUUCCUAAUUGAACAGCUUUAUGGAGCAAAGCGUUGCAAGAAUUACAGCUUCAAGUUCCAUAAACACCAAGAAGUAGAUGAGCUUCCUAUCAAUCCACAUGGUUCAGCAAGAGCUGAGAUACACCAAAGGAAGUCAGCAUUUGACAUGUUCAAUUUCUUGGCUUCAAAACAUCGGCAGCCACCAGAUUAUUGUCCCAAUGAGGAGGAAGAAGAGGAGGUGCAACUUAAAUCAGCACGACGGGCAACCAGCAUGGACCUUCCUAUGGCCAUGCGAUUCCGGCACUUGAAAAAGACAUCAAAGGAGGCAGUUGGUGUCUACCGGUCACCAAUCCAUGGACGGGGCCUUUUCUGUAAGCGAAACAUUGAUGCAGGUGAGAUGGUCAUCGAAUAUUCGGGUAAUGUCAUUCGAUCUGUCCUCACAGACAAACGAGAGAAAUAUUAUGACAGCAAGGGGAUCGGUUGCUACAUGUUCCGUAUUGAUGAUUAUGAGGUGGUGGAUGCAACAAUGCAUGGAAAUGCAGCUCGUUUCAUCAACCACUCCUGUGAACCCAACUGUUAUUCCCGCGUGAUAAAUGUGGAUGGGCAAAAGCACAUUGUCAUUUUUGCUGUGCGAAAGAUCUACCGAGGUGAAGAGCUGACAUAUGAUUACAAGUUCCCAAUUGAAGACGCCAGCAACAAACUUCCAUGUAACUGCGGAGCAAAGAAGUGCAGGAAGUUCUUGAACUGAUAAAGACUUGUGGGGGGAUAAAAAACCCUCUUGAGGUGACUGCCAUGAUUUAAUGGGAUUACUGGGGAAAAUAAAAAUUCAGGGAUGGAAGUGGUGGGAUACUUGUACUGCAGUGUGCAACAAUGCACAUUCUUGAUAGAGCACAGUUUUAAACACUAGUGGCAAAAUGCUAUUUCAAAUGUUUUCUUGCAUAUAGACCUGUUUAAAAAAAAAACACUGCUAAACUGUGUUGGCCGCUGAACAUUUCCAAAACUGCGCAGCAGUUACAGCCUAUUCCAUUCCAAAAAAUGUACAGUUCCUUAUUUGAGAGGCAGGAAUCCUGAGUAAAAUCAAUUUUCCAGUCAAUUGUGGCACCAAAACAACAAAAUAAUAUGAAAUUUAAUCUGUAUUAGCAGAUAACGAGUUGAAUCUCAUCUCUGAAAAACAAAGGGUAAGAUCAAAUUUGACAAAAAGUAACCUCUUUAACAGUAAUGCACUAGAAAAGGCAGAGGAAAUGCAAGGAGAAUACAGGUUUAAUGUUUGACAUACAGAUUCUAACCCGGGAGUAGAUUUUUCAUGGCAAUUUUAAAUGUGGGGAAAUAACGUUUUUAUAAAUCCAUGCAUCUAAUGAUAGCCACUGCUCAACAGAACUACUGUAAAGAUGAUGAGGAAGAUAAGCUGAAUUGUGGCAGUAUAUGUGCAGCUUUGGAGAAGGCCUCUAGUCCCAUGCGAUCACUUCAAUCUGGCAAAUUCACUCCCCUUUCCAGGAGGCAGUUAUCUCAGGUUUUAUUUUAAGGUUGACAUUUUUUGAACUCAGAAUCACUUGGAUUUGGCAGAAAAUAGAAUUAACACUAAAGAAUGAAAUUCUGCCUAUUAGAUUUCCUUCAUUCAUUUUUCUUCUUCAAUGUAAUAACUACUGUACUUGCUAGUGGGCCAGCUAUUCAAAAGAGAAAAGACCAUAAUGGAAGGAGGCAGGGAAAGUAAAUGGUGACCAGAUUAAACUGAAUUGUAACACUGGCCUUUUUGUAGGUAGUAAAGCAUUGCUCACGUGCACUCAACUUGGUAAUCUUGAAAACCCCAUGCUUUUUCUGCACCUAGUUAGUGUUGGUAAUUACACUACCUGUUUAAAGUGCACGAGGUGCGCGAACGGCACUAAUUCAUUCUCAAACUCUAAGCUUUAAAUGGUACCCAUAUAUUAGCAGUAGGGUAAUCGAUUUACAUUCUAACCUUCCACCAAUAUAAACAGAUAAAUCAAUGGUUUGAAGCUUGGAAAUUGACAUUUCCUGAUCGAUGGGAAUAACAUUUAAUUUUAAUAGUGUAGAGGAUGGGAAAACUACAGGAGGUAGAUUUAAAAAAAACCUCAAUCUACCCUUCUUAAAAUCCACAGGCUUUUAAAUUCCAAACUUGCCAUCAACUAGCAAUUUUUUAAAAACUUCGUGUCCCACAAAAAAAGGCACAUUCAUAAUUCUAUAAAAUAUAUUUAUAUUGGAGAAUUAAUUGGCAUAUCUUUGAAUAUCGACAGAGGGAUAAAAUUUUAAGACUAAAUUUUUUAAUUCACUUUUACAGUGUAAUCUUCCUGAAGUGAAGAAUCACUGGUUUAGGAAGUUGAAGAUAAGGGCACUGAGGCGCUUUGUUGUGCAACAUACUGACAAAUGAGUGGUUUGUGCUCAUCUGGUGUUCCUUAUUCCACAAUUUUAAUCCAUUUAUUUUGAUUAAAGGCUUCAGUAGCAUACAAAGGAAUCCCUAUGAGAACAUUAAGCAUCCAUUUGCUGCUAACUUAAAAAUUAUCUUUUCUGCUUUCCCAGCUGUGCUGUAACACCAGGGAAGAAAAAAAAGUCAGGUCAUUAAAACUAUACUGAAAUAUCAAAUUGGGAAGGAAGGAGGAGGCUCUCAUGCUUUUUUGGAAGGAAAUGUUUUUUGUGUGAUUCAUGAUAAAUGACAACUGCCACAAUAGCUGACUCCUGGAAAACGGAAUUAUUUUGACCAAAUGAAUGCAUCUCAGGUGGGUUUCUGGCAGUGACUUAAACUUUAAAGACCUUGAUCCCUUGUAUUUUUGCACUGUGUGCUAUUUAGAUAAACGCUAAAAUUAAUGUGUUUGUACUGACUACAAUAGUGUAUCCUGUUUUUCAGGUUACAGCUGUAUUCCAUGUUUUCCAAUAUCCAGAUUAUUAGCUGUAUCUUGUGUAUUCCAUUAUCCUGAUCAGAGAUGUGUCUCCUCUGUUAUCAAAGCUUUUGUUGCUUUUAAAACAAGGGGGUUGACUAAUUUGGUCAUUGUAUCUUAUUAAAGGGGCACAGUCUUUUUUUUAAACUUGAAUUAUCCCACCAGUACAUCUCCCACCCUUCCGUUCUGUUUCUCCCUCCCUAUUGACAAAGGCUGUGUUCCUUUAAGCAGUAAUCAACAGCCAAACAAGCUGAUGGAAGAAAGAUUAUCAGAACAAUUUUUCCCCUCAUAAGGUCCAUGCUGUCCAUUAUUCCUGUUCAGUUGUACCUCUGGACAAAUAUUGGGGAUUUUUCUUUUUCAUUUUGUCUUCACUCAGUUGCUGCUACUGUUUAAUGACAUCCAACUGCCUUUUGGGACCAUGUUCCUCGCUGCUACAAUAUCAGCUUUUACUUGAGGGCACCCUCGCACAGACGGAGGUACUAACCUCUAACAUAGGAAAGGAUAGGGUCGAUCUAAGAACGACAAUGCACUUCAUUAAGUACAUGAUCGAAUCAGCAGGGCAGCAUACUUAGAGCACAGGAAAGGCGCACCUUCUGAGUGUGGCGUUAAUGUUCAGGUAAUGGGGGUUCUACUGGAUGGGUGGGUGGGGGGAGUAGUUCUGUAUGCACUGACAGUCAUGAAGACGGAUACGUGCUGUACUAUUGACUGCUGGCUGGAUGGGUACAUCUAGCUGAAAAGAUUUUGUUUAUCAUUAUUUCUAAUCAAGUUUCAUUUUUGCCAAGCAGCUACAGGCAAACUCCCAUGGUAGGAAAGAAACAUUGACUAGCAGUGGAUAAUUUGGUUUACGUAAUUCCUAAUACGCCCCUCUUUCUGCAUUGUAGGGCACUUCAAAAAAAAGGGGGCAGAGAUUUGAUUAUCAGUCGCUAUUGAUAUGUUACUCCUUUUAUUUCUUGCUAACUCUUUUCGUUUUAGAUAAUUGAAGGAAUUUAUGAAGCAUCAAUUUGUAGUCUCGGUUAGAAUGUUAAUGAGUACAGCGGUCAGAGAUACUGCUAAGUCCUUUUUAAAUCCAUGGGUUACAACAAGGUAUUUAAAGUGGUGUUGAGAAUGACUCAGAGCCUUAACAUUUUUGAGGCUUGACUUUAAUAUUCUUCUGCCCAAAAAUAUGUAGUUUCCCAUUCAAAAGAGUAGUUUGUUAGUUAGGAUGUCCCUUGUAUGAGCUUUCUAAACUCCUGGUUCACCUUCCUUGAUUCUACAUUGAAUUAGUGAGAAUGCUGCGUUGAGUGGAGUAAGAGCACUAGCCAUGAGCAGAAUCAUACAAUUCUUGGAAAAUGAAAAUAAAACUGGCCAAAAAUCCUGAAAUAAGCACUACAUGCUCAAGGCUUAUAGGUUUUCUAAAAGGGAAUGGUUGGCAUUCUUGUAAAAAUGCAAUGUUUUGUUUUGGUGUGGUGGAUCCCAGGCUCUCAGCUCUGUGGUCUUCCCCUUGUCAAGCAUAAAUCCUCUGUGUGCCACUUUGUGAAAUGCUGUACUGUAUUCCAUUCAGAAGCAGGGAGUCGUGAACCUUUAAGUUGACUGAAGUUCAUUCUCCCUCAAAAAGAAGCAUUUUUCCAAUUUACUUCAACUUGAUAGGAAUUCAGAGAUUUUAAAUAGUACUUUGUCCAGUUGGUUCAGAGUGGGAUUUUUAUAGAGACUAUGGGUAAUGAGUUAAAACACUGAACAAAGAUUAAUAUAGAUGUUCUCUCCAACUGACACUAUCUCUAACCCAAGCAGAGGUUUUUUUAAAAAAUAUUAUUUAUUUGAAACCCAUUUGGAUAUAUAGGAAACUUGAAUAUAAUUGUAUUUUUUAAAAAAUAAUGAGAAUGGGAAAGAGGUAGAAAAUAGUAUUUAAAAAAUAGAUAACUGAAAAUAGCACAUCAGAGCCAGGUGGUGACACCUGAGUAUGUGUACCAAAGUCUUGAUUCAUAGGAAUAAAUGAAUCAUUGGAGUUCUAGUUAUUUCUUGUCUUGCCCCCUUCUUUGCAACUAGCCCACCACCCUUUUAAUUCGGAGCCAAGACUCAGAACGGUUGCACAGAACAGCUGGGGUGUGUGAUACUGAGUGAGCCCCACAAGAACAUUGAGGGUUUUUGCUCUUUUUCUUCCCUCUUCAAACUAUUGAAUUUGAGUACGGAAAUAACAGGCUGCAGUUAGACCAGUGAUGUGGGAUUCAAAAUUACUUUUCGGAAUGGGGAAAAAAGGCAUUCUGCUGAGAGGAACUUCUUUUUGGUAGAGAAGCCCUUUGUGUUUGUGAGCAUUAUGCCUGCUUUCUUAUCUUUAAGUUUUAUGGGGGUAGGGUUGGUCAGUGGUGGACAUGCGUGGCAAGUCAGAAGAGAUGACUAGUUGCUAGUUUGCUUUUGUUUACAAAUGUCGCUGCUUUUGUUCGUCCAUGUGGCUGGUCAAAGAUUGGGAAUCAAACUGCCAUGCGUCCCAUUGUGUUGGUUUCCACAGGCGGUUAAACCAUUAUAACCUGCACCGCGCAGUGUAUAUAAUUAAGUGCCAGGUUAUUAUUUUUAAAGAGAUUUAUAGACAACAUAUCUGAAGUUUAAUGACCUGCCAAUUUACAAUUGAAAAUACUGCCAUAGUGCAUAUAUAUAUAUUUUUUUAGUACAGUUUAUUUAUUUAAUUUGGGGUCUUUUGUGGAUGAUGUAAUUUUGCAUCUAUCUAUAGUUUAGGGGUGUUGAUGAAUCGGCAUACCCCACACACUCUUCACUCCAAAUUCUGAACAGAGUUCAACAGAGACACUUGAAAUGGGGGUGAUAUAGCUUCUUGAAGGCAGUUUAUCGCAGAUGAACAAAGAGCCAUUUCAGUCUGUAUGGCCUCUUUUUUUUUCUGUGGGUGAUGAUCAUAAGGAGGAAGUGCUUACUACGCAUUCAUGAAUGCCAGUAGCAGGAUUAGCCUGCAGUGCGAAAUGUACUUCUAGAGAAAGAGAUUCCGUAACAUACCAAUGCCCCAGUGUAUCUGACAGAACUGGUUACAGGGACACCGAGUGCAUUCACUGCAGCAGUCAUGAGGCUUGAUCUUCAGUUUAAGCACCAAAGUUUUGAAAAAUAUCUAUAUUUACACUGCUGUUGUCCUCUUGCACCAUUUUGUAAGGAUCAUUCUGUACAGUUAGUGUCUUUGUAGAAAGCUUUUUUUUUGUAUGUUUUGCCUCAAGAUUGGGGUGUUGUCGCAUUUUAAGUGGACUCCAGUUGAGUCUCUUGGGUUCCAGAGCAUUCAAACCCAGGAACAAUUCUAUGACUGUCAUUAGCAAUCCACAACAGGAUGGCACUCUUUUUUGUCUUCGCAACAUCUGUCACGUUUCCUUUCCUUACUGGAGGACUUCACCCUGCAGUACUGCAGCAGGAUUGAAACUACUAAAAAUUUUGUCCCCACAGGGUGGAAAUUUCAAUCUAGUCACCAUGGAACAAUUCAGACUCAAACCCUUGAGCAUCUGACAAGGAAGACACUAGUAUUGCUUGAUAAAAUGUAAUACGGUUUAACUUCCUUUUGUAACCCAACACAGUAGGACACAGCAGUUUUAAAAUGAAUGUAUCUUUUUCUAAUGACUGAACUUAUUACAAGACUUUUAAAUGAAUGACACACCAUAAAAUUUGCUUAAUGAAAUACGUAAUCCCAUCUGAAAAAGAAGCGGGUUAAUUUGAAGGGCUGGCUCUUAUCUAUUCAGCAUCCAUUUCAAAGCAAUACAAUGUUUACGAUAAAUCUGCAGAGAUCAUGUAAGACUAUCAUGUCUUAGUUUAAAAGUACAGAGUUCUGGAUCUUACUUCAAAAAAAAAUGAGGGGGGUUAUUGUUUUCAGAGAAAAUAAUGCUUUGGUGAUACUUCCCCAAAAUUUAAAAAUAUUUAAACACUAUUGCUGUUUUUUAUUGUUUCACAAAUGGAUAGCUGACUAUGUAGCUACUAGAGGGGAAAUACAAUUUUUAAAUUAUUUUUUUUAAAAUUAGGGUACACAUUGUGUCUGUACAACCCUGUUCCUUGUGACUAGAACGCUUCUCUUCCCGAAUACCCUCACCGGAACAGAAUUAUAUUUAUAUGUACGUUUUUUUUCCUUUAAUGUGAAUAUAUUUUUGCAUCUCUUUGAGAUGAAUACACAAAGAAGUGGUAGAUGUAAAAUGUUCCGGUUCAGAGAAACCUUACUUGAGAAAUUUGUUUUAUUUUUUAUUCAUGAUGAGGCUAAUUGUAUCCUUUUUUAAUUAUUUUUUCAUUUUUUGCGUUCCUGUAAAUUGUUAUUUUUUACAUGGCUCUUGCAAAACAUCAUCUUUACUAUUGGAUUAGUGCAUCAGUGUUAAACAAUAUCAUGGUAAUGAAGGUAAUUUUAAUUAUUAAGAAAAACUGAAAGCUAUGCUAAAGAAUGAAUGUAAAAAAAAUGUACAUAGUUGUAAAAAAAUGUUUCUAAGCGUCAUUUUCUAUGCACUUUUUUAUUUAAGUGAUAGUUUAAUUAAUAAACAUGUCCAGUUUAUCCUUGGAGAUACUUUAAAUAUA